AAAAAUGUGACAACAAAAUCUAUAGAGGUCGGUUGUUGCCCUAAUUCGCUCUUCGAAUUUUCUUAAACCCUAGCCAACCCCAUCAGCCAUCAGCCAUCUUCAUUUCAUUCACAAUUUCUCUUGGAGCAGCUCUGUGUUAGUUGAUUCGUGCUUAAGGACGAUGAUGAGUGCAAUUCUUCUACGGAGAUCCGCUGCCUUAGCGGCCUCCAGAGGUAGAAUCAAUUCCACUUUGUUUGCCCCAAUCGCGAACUUCUUAGCGUCUCCAGUGGUUAUUAAUGGCGGCGUUGUACCUGCUGCUGAGUUUGGACAUUUAUCUAGUAUUGGGGUGACGGAGAGGCCUCUGGGUUUUGGUUUUCAAUCGAAGGGAUUUCAUGCGACGUCUGGGCCGUUGAAUUUCAAGGCGUCGUUGGUUUCCCAGGCGGAGUUUGCGGUGGAGGAGUAUGAUGACGGUAGCAGUAGUAGAAGUGGGAAGGACUCGAGAUUCAAAGCUGGGAUUGCGCGGGAGAUUGUCUCUGCUUUGGAGAAAAAGGGUAUAACGAAGCUCUUCCCGAUUCAGAGGGCCGUGCUAGAACCAGCAAUGCAAGGGCGUGAUAUGAUUGGUCGUGCUAGAACUGGAACAGGAAAAACGCUUGCUUUUGGAAUUCCCAUCUUGGAUAAAAUCAUUCAGUUCAAUGCGAAGAAUGGAAGAGGAAGGAACCCGUUAGCCCUGGUUCUAGCUCCAACAAGGGAACUUGCUCGGCAGGUUGAAAAGGAGUUUGAAGAGGCUGCUCCUAGCCUGGACAUGAUCUGUGUUUAUGGGGGGACACCAAUUUCACGCCAAAUGAGGCAGCUUGACUAUGGUGUUGAUAUCGCUGUUGGCACACCUGGUCGCUUGAUUGAUCUUCUCAAUAGGGGUUCUCUAAAUUUAUCAGAAGUCAAGUUUGUUGUUCUUGAUGAAGCAGACCAGAUGCUUCAAGUAGGCUUUCAAGAGGACGUUGAGAAGAUCUUGGAGAGGUUGCCUCAGAAACGUCAGAGUAUGAUGUUCUCUGCAACAAUGCCAUCUUGGAUCAGAAAACUAUCCCAAAAUUACCUAACCAAUCCAUUAACAAUUGAUCUUGUUGGAGAUUCUGAUCAGAAAUUGGCAGACGGAAUUAGCUUAUUUUCAAUUGUUUCAGACAUGUAUGGAAAAGCAUCAAUAAUUGGACCUCUGAUAACAGAACAUGCAAAAGGAGGGAAGUGUAUUGUUUUCACUCAAACUAAACGUGAUGCUGAUAGAUUAGCCUAUGCAAUGGCAAGGAACUUCAGAUGUGAAGCUUUGCAUGGAGAUAUCUCACAGAGUCAGAGAGAAAGAACUCUUUCUGGUUUUAGAGAGGGACAUUUCAACGUUCUAGUUGCAACUGAUGUUGCAGCAAGGGGUCUCGACAUACCUAAUGUUGAUCUUGUAAUACAUUUUGAGCUUCCAAACAACACAGAAAUAUUUGUCCAUAGAUCAGGCCGUACAGGUCGUGCUGGUAAGAGAGGUAGUGCUAUUCUUAUUUACACAGAGGAUCAAUCAAGGGCUGUAAGAAUGAUUGAGCGUGAAGUGGGAUGCAGAUUUAAUGAGCUUCCAAGGAUUACUGUUGAGGCUGGCGCUCAUGUGGAUAUGUUCAGUGGAGGUGGUGGUGGUCAAUUUGGCACUUUUGGAGCAUUUAGAGAUCGUCGAAUGAGUGAUUCAGGUCGUUUUGGCAGCCAAAGAGGUCCAAAUUUCAGUCGUUCAGGAGGUUAUGGAAGUUCUGGUUUUGGCCGAUCUAUGGGUAGAAAUAGUGGACCUAACUCUGGGAAUUUCGGUUCAUUUGGUCGCAACUCAAACAAUGAGGGAAGUUUUGGUGGUUCUGGUUCUGGACGUUCGGGUGGGUUUGGAGAUUUUGGUAGUUCAAACCGUUCGGGUGGGUUUGGAGAUUUUGGUAGUUCAAACCGUUCUGGCAGGUUUGGAGAUUUUGGUUCAGGUCGUAGUUCAGGAUUUGGUGACAAUUCUAGAAACUCUGGCUUAUUUGGUGACAAUAUGGAUGCAAAUCAGAGCUAUGAGAGAAGGCAAUUUUAAACUAAAAUGGUGAGCGAUGUUCUUUACUAGAAAUUUGAAAUUCGUAAUGGCUGGUUUCCAGAUUUUCAACCUCAAGAGGGUGACACCAUGUUAAGGAGAUAAGGGUUCUUUUUCAGAAUAAGUUCAGAUGUUCUUGUAGAUUUGGUGACAAUCUGCUUUUAUGCAGGGGACAGCAUGGGGAAAUAAUUGCCUUGGAUUCAUGAAGAAUUUUUUUCAUAAGCAAGAUGACAUGUAUCAGGGAUUUUGAAGUAGGGCCAUGACCAUGUGCAACGAAUGCCACAAUUUCUUAUAUUUUCUAUUGAGAUUUCAAAUAUUUUUGCAGUUAAUACAAAUGUUGUAUUCACUUUGAUGGUGAAUUAUCCUCGAGAUUUUAGGAAUCAUCCUGUAAUAUAUGGUCUCGUGUAUAAAUCGUAUUAGGCAUAUCAUCAUUGUGUUGUAUUUUACCCUUUAAGAGGGUUUUUUCCCGUCUUGCUCAUCAUUUCUAAAUCUAUUGUAGAGGGGUUACAUUUGAAUCCAUAACAAAAAUGUUGUAA